GCUGAUGCUGCUACCCGGAUGGCACCAAUGCAUGCAAUUCACAUUGUGGGGCGAUGUUUGCGACUGGUGUCGGUGUAUGCAGCUUAUCAUUACGUAAUUGCCCGAGGGGUUUCGCUUACGUUUUUCUGCUUCGUCUGCUUGCUGGGCUCUGCUGCCUUGUUCUCCGCUCUCCAGCGUCCAUGGCGUGGCCGUCCGCUGCCCAACAGCCUGCUGAUGCCUGCCGUUGUGAACGGAUUUGUCAUGGCUUUUUCACUUUUGCUGUGGGCAAAUGGUCUUCGCAAUUGUGGUCCUGUUAGGACCAUACUUGGGGAAUAUGCUGGUGCAGUGUUGGGGGCGAUCUCGACGUUGUUAUUCAGCCGAAAUGGCCUUGUGUGGAGGCGGAUUGGAGGAUUAUUGGCCAUGUGUGCAGCGUAUUACUUCCUCUCUCAAGGAUGGGCAAUGUCAAGCUAUUCUCCUUUCUCUUUCGGAGCUACUACUGUGAAAGCAGAAACAGUUGAACGCGAGGAGGGGCUAAUAAAGUCAUCGUCCAUGUUGUUGCCGGCAAUGUCAGGGAUACUAGCAGCCAUACGACGGAUCAUCAGCCGCCGUGUGUCUACAAAGAACCAUGCCAAGAAACGGCUGCAUGCAGUAACAGUUGCUGCUGCUACGUGUUUCAUUUUUCCGUUUGCCAUGUUCAAACUGGCUGUGGGAAAGCAACACCCAUCAUCAGAGCCACAUGGAUCUGCUGCAUGGGCGUACAUAAGUACCAUCUUGUUUGGUGUUGUGCUAAUUUUUUAUGUUGAUACUUUUGUUGAAGACAGGUUGCAUAUUGUUGUUGCCUCACCGACACACAUUGUGGUUACAGGAGUAGGCAUAAUAAUCUUCGAGUAUAUUUAUGGAAUGGACUUCUCCCUGCUGGGCUUCCUAGUGUGCGCAACUGUGCUUGGUUUAGGAAUUUACGAAGCAACUGCCACGGAUCCGAACAAUCGUGACCUUGACCAAGGAAACAGCUUUUUAAAGGAAGAUCGUCCACCUUUGAAUAUGUCAACUCUUCCGUCCUAGAUUAUUCAAGGCAACUGGUACAUUGAGUUCACACAUUCUGACUGGAAGAAGUGGAGAUGCUCUUCCUGCCUGGCAGUAGUGUAAAGUUUAUGGCAUCUUUUCCGAAUCCUCAGAAUCUGCAUUAAUGGUGGAACCACUGGCCAAGAUAUAUUGCGUUGAUUCAGUGUGUUCCAGUUUCUUCACAGAUUCAAUUCUAUUGAGACAUUUAUCAGUCACCUGCAAGGUUUGUUUAGGAAACUGGAAUAUAGGUCUCUAAGCUGAGAAGUAUGGAUUUAGUGCAUAAAUUUCUUAUUAUGGGGAACACUCCACUUUUAUGUAUCCCUACCUUUCUGUCUAAAUUCAAGGCGUCAUAUUGGUUAAAAUCU